GGAGUUUUCCUUUAUAUCAGUCGUUUCCUGGAUCCUCACACAAUCAGCAAUGCUCGAGCGGUUUGCAGGCCUUGGCGGAGGGCGUUUAGCCUGAACGUCCACACCGCACGGUUAGAAAUCCGCGAGCAUAGGGCAGCGCAAGCUCGGACCUUCAUGCGGGCGUUUGUCCGGGCGUUUCCUUAUACAACAAAACUCGUGCUAGACAUAACAUUUCGUCGAACCGCGCGCGAGAAAAUCCAGACCGCGCUCGAGGAGCACUUCCUGGCGCUGCAGGACUUUGGUCUCCAGGUGCUGCAGCUGAACCUGGAUCUUAAUUCUUUUAACGAACGAAAGAUCAAGCUCCUGGAUGUUUCCUUGCUGGCAUCUUGGGGCCAUCUGACACGGCUCGUCCUGCAGGAAUCCGGGUGGCGGUCCCAGCAGCUGCGAGUGGACGCCAACACCGUCUUCUCCAGCCUGCCUGCCCUCCAGGAGCUGUCCGUGGUGUGCAAAUACUCGGGUCAUGUGAAGGCCAAGUGGUGGAGACCGCCGCCGCCAUCUAACCAUCAACACAAGCAUUUGCGGUGUCAGCUUACGCAGAAUCAGAGCAUGUCGGGAGAGCUACAGAAGGCGCUUAAGAGGAUCACGCCGGCCUUGCAGCAACACGUCUCCGCACUUACCUUUGAAAUCGUGGAGGAGACCUACCCUGAGCCCUCCCGCUGCGCCACCCCCCUGGAGCUUUCCGCCCUCCCUGGACUCAAAUCCCUGACCGUACUGUCCGGCGCCGAAGACGCCCUCUCCCACUCCAAACUCGACCUCGUGGGGGCGACCGGUCUGGAGACCUUGGUGCUGUUCGACGUCUCGUGCGGGUGUUGGUGCUACAAGAAACCCGGGCACGGCAUUCCGCCGCGGCUGCUGUCGGCGCCGCCGGCGUACUUGCGGAGCCUGACGGUGGUCGGUUUUGUCGUUGAUCAGUGUCAGAACCUGCACGCGCUGUCGUUGCUAACCAGCCUGGAGGAGCUGCGGUUAGAGCAGCCGGACCCGGAUUGCUUGGCGGCGGUGGCGGGAGAGCUGCUGCUGACGUGGCUGCCGUCGAAUCUUAGAAGCUUGAAGCUUCAUUCCGUGGUGCUGCCGCCGUGCGGGGUGCCGUCGUCAUCCGUGGCGGCGGCGGAGGCCGCGAUGGCGGGAGGGGCGGCGGGGCCGGCGGCGGCGGGGCUGCCGACGGGCUGGUUCGGCGGCGCAGGGUGCGGCAUGGACACGGCGGCCACAGCCGGCGGCGAAUGCAGCAGCAGCAGCAACAGCAACAACGCUUCGCAGCUCUUGUACGGCGUGGCACCCGUGGCGCCGCUGCCUCAGCUUCGUGAGUUGUACCUGUCCAAGUGCAAGGUCCCCACCCUGGGGCUGCUGGGGGUGUGCUCGCAGCUGACGGCGCUGGGGGUCAUCAACUGCCUCAGCAGCAGCGGCAUGAUGCCGGCCGCCGCCGCCAUGCCGGCGUUACGGUCCCUUGCCGUGAUAUAUACUUUGCCACCGGAGCAGGAAUACGGCAGUGGCGGAGUAGUUCUGUCCGGCAUGAUGCCGCCGCCAGCCUUCGCCGCCGCCGCCGCCGCUGCCGUCGCCGGCCCAUUUGGGGCGGCGGCGCCUGCCGCCAGCACGGCGGCUGCCAGAGGUGGCGGCGGCGGCGCCGCUGCCGCGGUUCCGAUCACGGUUGCUUCCACCGCCGCUGCAGACUUCGGCGGCGGCGGCGGCAGUAUCUUGGCUUGGUCCGGCGCUACCGCGGCGGCGACGACGGCAAUGCCGGCCGCCAUGCCUCAGCAGCAGCAGCACGUGCCGGGGCUGCUACUGCCGCCAGUCGUAUGGGGCAGCGACGAGCAGGUGGCGGCGGUGGCUGGGUGUCGUACAGUCACGUCUCUGGAGCUAAUCCUUCCUCGCGGCACCGCCGGCGCCGCCGCCGUGGCGUCUCUGGCGUCGUUGACGGACCUCUUGGAGCUGGAUGUCGCAUUACCUUGCGGGCUGAGCUGCUGCAUGAUGGGCCUGGCAAGACUCGGAAGGAGCAGCGGCGGGCGGCUGCGGCGGUUGACGUUGUGGGUCGACGGUCGUACAUGCGUUAAUCGGGAAAAUGCACGACAGCUGCAGGCACUUCAACGCAGUCUGCAAACCCGCAUGCCGGACACGGCGGUGGAGUGGGCGGGAGCGGAGUCCCGACAGGGCAGCUGGACGCGGCUUGAGGCCAGGGUAUUCAACCCACACUGA